GACCGGCGCAAACCAUAGAGCAGAGGAAGAUUCUAUAAUUUGAGUGAGAGUUGAGAGAAUCGAAGGUAAAGAGAAACAGGGAGAGAGAAUGAACCAUAACCAGCAAUCCACCGAAGCCAGGCACGACGAUGACCCAGCGCUAUCCGAGUUUCUCGCUUCUCUAAUGGACUACACCCCUACUAUACCUGACGAGCUCGUGGAGCAUUACUUGGCCAAGAGCGGGUUUCAGUGUCCCGACGUUCGAUUGAUUAGGCUGGUGGCUGUUGCCACACAGAAGUUUGUUGCAGAGGUUGCUGGUGAUGCUCUUCAGCAAUGCAAGGCAAGACAGGCAUCAAUUGUCAAGGACAAAAGGGAUAAGCAGCAAAAGGAUAAGCGGCUAAUUUUGACAAUGGAGGACUUGUCAAAGGCUUUGCGUGAGCAUGGUGUGAAUGUGAAGCACCAAGAAUAUUUUGCCGACAGCCCUUCAACUGGGAUGGAUCCUGCUUCAAGAGAGGAAUGAAGUGCAGCCGGACCUAUAAAUCCAUUUUCGUUUUGUAAGGCUAACUAGAUAAAAGUGAAGCGUAAUCACUUAGUUCUUCUGCAUUUUGUACUAGAGAGUUUACUGGUAAUGUAAAGUAGUUAUUUUUAAUUGAAAUAUCUUUAUAUUGUGAAAAUAUUCAAUAUCUUUGUACAUUUCGUGGUAAUAUCCAGCCGUCUUUCUGGGUUUGCAUUGUA